CGGAGCAACAUUGGCAACAGCGGAUGCAAGUGGCACAAUGUUAAAGUCGCGACGCUGCUGCAGCCGCCGCCGCCGCCAGCGCGGAUAUGGCAAACAAUAAAAACAAAACGUUGCAACUGAAAUUUGCGAAUCGCGACAAACAAUGAGAGCAUCUGCAGCUGCUGCUGCGGCAACUGCAACAGCUGGCAACUGAUGCAAGACGCUGGUGUAUAAAAGCGCAGCUUAGGUGUUAGCUUGGCAUCAGUUGCACGUUGCACGUUGCAAGCACAAACAAACACACUAAGGAUUAAACAAAAUGCUGAAGCUGUUGCUUACGCUGCUCUCGCUCUGCGCCUUGGCUGCAGCACGUCCUGGUUAUCUGCAUGGCCACCAUCAUCACUAUCCGGAGUAUCCGCUGCAUCACUAUGCGGAGCCGCUGCACGUGGCCAAGAUUGUGCAUGUGCCCGCCGCUGUGUCGCAUCAGAGCUCCACCAUAGUCCACAGUGUGCCACAUCACAUCAUCAAGCCGGUGGUGCUGCCCACAGUGGUCAAGACGGUGGUGCAUCCGCCCAUCAUCAAGGCCUAUCAUCCAGCGCCUAUUAUCAAAGCCUAUCCUCACUAUCAUCACUACGAUCCCUACCAUCAUUACGAUCCUCAUCAUUAUCUGCAUUGAGCAACGUUUUGCAACAUGAUGUGGCAACUGUCGACUAUUGCGCUGCUUCUUCUACUGCCUACUUCUGACUACUCUGCCGCCUGCCUGACUUAGUGUGUAUUUCUGUUUACGAGUAUGUGUGUGUAAACUCCGAAUAAAAUGUG